CUUACCUUUGGAUCAAAAUAAAAUCUCGUCUUGACCAACGUUAAGCCCUACCUACUACUCUCUGCUCUCCCUCUCGCUUCAGAUCGAUUAUUGAAUCGUCGUGAGCAUGGCGUCAUCGAAUCCUUUUGCGAGCAUACUGAAGACACUUGAGAAGCCUGGAGGCGGCGAAUUCGGAAAGUACUACAGCCUGCCGGCGCUCGGCGAUCCAAGAGUCGAUAAGCUUCCGUAUUCUAUUAGGAUUCUUCUUGAAUCAGCGAUUCGGAAUUGUGACGAGUUUCAAGUUAAGGCUAAGGAUGUUGAGAAGAUCAUUGAUUGGGAGAAUUCUUCUCCCAAACAGGUUGAGAUUCCGUUUAAGCCUGCUAGAGUGCUUCUACAGGAUUUCACGGGUGUUCCCGCCGUUGUUGAUCUUGCAUGCAUGCGAGAUGCCAUGAACAAGCUAGGUGGGGAUUCAAAUAAAAUUAAUCCACUGGUGCCUGUUGAUCUAGUCAUUGAUCACUCAGUCCAGGUUGAUGUUGCCGGAUCAGAAAACGCAGUGCAGGCAAACAUGGAACUUGAGUUCCAACGAAACAAAGAAAGAUUUGGUUUUCUCAAAUGGGGGUCAAAUGCAUUCCAUAACAUGCUUGUUGUUCCUCCAGGAUCUGGGAUAGUCCACCAGGUGAACCUGGAAUACCUUGGCAGAGUUGUGUUUAACACAGAGGGCAUCCUUUACCCUGAUAGUGUUGUUGGAACAGAUUCACACACUACUAUGAUAGAUGGAUUAGGCGUUGCUGGCUGGGGAGUUGGUGGUAUUGAAGCAGAAGCUGCAAUGCUUGGCCAGCCCAUGAGCAUGGUUCUACCUGGUGUGGUUGGGUUUAAAUUAUCAGGAAAAUUGAGAGAUGGUGUGACUGCUACUGAUUUGGUUUUGACAGUAACUCAAAUGCUGAGGAAGCAUGGUGUUGUUGGCAAGUUUGUGGAGUUCUAUGGUGAAGGCAUGCGUGAACUGUCAUUAGCAGAUCGUGCCACAAUUGCCAAUAUGUCCCCUGAGUAUGGUGCUACCAUGGGUUUCUUUCCUGUGGAUCAUGUCACUCUGCAAUAUUUGAAAUUGACUGGCAGAAGGGAUGAAACUGUUUCUAUGAUAGAAUCCUACUUGCGGGCCAAUAAUAUGUUUGUGGAUUAUAGUCAGCCCCAGGUUGAGAAGGUAUACUCUUCGUACCUAGAAUUGAAUCUUGAGGAUGUGGAACCCUGUGUAUCAGGGCCCAAGAGGCCACAUGAUCGGGUUCCUUUGAAAGAAAUGAAAGCGGAUUGGCAUUCUUGCUUAGACAAUAAAGUUGGAUUUAAGGGGUUUGCUAUACCAAAGGGAUCUCAAAGCAAGGUUGUGGAGUUCUCAUACCAUGGGACUCCAGCACAACUUAGGCAUGGGGAUGUUGUUAUAGCUGCAAUCACUAGUUGCACAAAUACCUCAAAUCCUAGUGUAAUGCUGGGAGCUGCUUUGGUUGCAAAGAAAGCUUGUGAAUUAGGAUUAGAGGUGAAGCCAUGGAUUAAGACAAGUCUUGCUCCUGGAUCUGGGGUUGUAACCAAAUAUUUAGAGAAGAGUGGCUUGCAAAAGUAUUUGAAUCAGCUAGGUUUUCAUAUUGUUGGUUAUGGAUGCACCACAUGCAUUGGGAAUUCUGGAGACAUUAAUGAAUCAGUGGCAUCAGCUAUUAGUGAAAAUGACAUGGUAGCCGCAGCUGUGUUAUCUGGAAAUAGGAAUUUUGAGGGCCGUGUGCAUCCUUUAACAAGGGCAAAUUACCUUGCUUCUCCUCCCCUUGUGGUUGCUUAUGCUCUUGCUGGCACAGUUGAUAUUGAUUUUGAGAAGGAACCCAUUGGGGUUGGGAAAGAUGGAAAGCAGAUAUUUUUCAGGGAUAUUUGGCCAUCCACUGAAGAAGUAGCAAAUGUUGUACAAUCAAGUGUGUUGCCUGCCAUGUUUAAGGCUACAUAUGAAGCAAUCACCCAAGGAAAUCCCAUGUGGAAUCAAUUGUCCGUACCUUCCAGCACCCUCUACACCUGGGACCCAAAAUCAACCUAUAUACAUGACCCACCCUACUUUAAAAGCAUGACUAUGUCCCCUCCAGGUCCUCAUGGAGUUAAGGAUGCUCAUUGCUUGCUCAAUUUUGGAGACAGUAUUACAACUGACCACAUCUCGCCUGCUGGUAGCAUCCAUAAGGACAGUCCUGCAGCCAGAUACCUCAUGGAACGAGGUGUUGAUAGGAGAGAUUUCAAUUCUUAUGGAAGUCGUCGUGGUAAUGAUGAGAUCAUGGCAAGGGGCACUUUUGCUAACAUUCGCAUUGUCAACAAGCUAUUGAAAGGAGAAGUUGGACCCAAAACACUUCACAUUCCCAGUGGCGAGAAACUCUCUGUUUUUGAUGUCGCCAUGAGGCACAAGAGUGAGGGCCAGGAUACCAUUAUUCUGGCUGGUGCCGAGUAUGGUAGUGGAAGCUCUCGUGAUUGGGCUGCCAAGGGUCCAAUGCUGCUGGGUGUGAAAGCAGUGAUAGCAAAGAGCUUUGAGCGAAUUCACCGCAGUAAUCUGGUGGGUAUGGGUAUCAUUCCCCUGUGCUUUAAGCCUGGGCAGGAUGCUGAGACUCUUGGGUUGACUGGCCAUGAACGCUACACGAUCGACCUUCCUAGCUCAGUUAGUGAAAUAAAACCGGGUCAAGAUAUCACCGUAGUGACAGACAAUGGGAAAUCAUUUACUUGUACCAUGAGAUUCGAUACAGAGGUAGAACUGGCUUAUUUUGAUCAUGGAGGCAUUCUGCAGUACGCCAUCAGGAACUUGAUCGGUGGGAGAAGUUAAACGAGUCUCAAAAAGCAACAGAAGAGUGGGAUCAUGUUCGACUCUGCGUAACCAAUUUUUCUCACGGUAUGGGUUGAGAAAACUCGGGACACAUUGCUUUAGUUUGUCUAAUCCAAUCAAUUUGAUAUGAAUAAAAGGAGGAACGUGAUGGGAGUGUCUGUAAUACUGUUUUGACAUUUUUAUUUAAGGUCUUUUUCAGUUUAGUUUUUGGAAA